UAUGGCGGCCGAGUUUUGCUGGGAGGAUGCUGCUGUCGCCCGUGAUGACUGUUCUGCCAUCAAAAUGUGAACGGAAUAACGACUCUAAAGGGAAAGGAAACCGCUAUAAAGGCCUGUCGCCGUGAUCUAAAGGAUGGCCAGGCUCGCCGAUUACUUUCUGGUGGUCGGAUAUGAUCUCGAAAAGAGAGGGGGUGGUGAGGGUCAAGGCCGGAUUCUCCAGCGUUUCCCAGAGAAGGACUGGGAGGAUAACCCCUUCCCCCAAGGCAUUGAGCUGUUUUGUCAGCCCAGUGGUUGGCAGUUGGUUGCCGAGCGGCAGCCGCCCUCCUUCUUUGUGGCCGUGCUGACGGACAUCAACUCGGAGCGACACUACUGCGCCUGCUUCACCUUCUGGGAGGGCGUAGACAACCCACAGCUGCGGAAGGAGGAGGCUAGCGAGGCGGACGAGGAUGAGGGACCUGGGGAGCCCCUGCCUGCACAACUCUACGGCCCCAAGAGCCUGGUGGUGGUGUCACGGCUCGACCACACCGAGGUGUUCAGGAACUGUCUGGGUUUGAUCUACACAGUUCAUGUGGACAGCCUUAAUGUUCCCUUGGAAACGGUCAUCGGAAACCUCCUCACCUGCACCAUUCCCAUCGCCGGGGGCUCUCAGACGGAUGAGUCGUCAGUCUGUAGUUUAAACUUGGUUCCUCUGAACCUAACCUGUGACUGGCUACUGGGCUGUUUCCAGCCGGAAGAGGAGGAGAGUGAGGACAGCUCGAGGACCAUAACCUUGGGGGCGGGAGACAGGCAGGUUAUCCAAACGCCAAUCAACGAUUCCCUGCCUGUGAGUGGCUGCAGCGUGUCCCAGCUCUUCAGACAGCUCGGCAUAGUGAAUGUGCUGUAUCUGUUCUGCGCUGCUUUGACGGAGCACAAGAUCCUGUUCCUGUCGAGCAGCUACCAGCGCCUCACCGACGCCUGCAGAGCACUCCUCGCCAUUAUGUUCCCCCUCAAAUACAGUUUUACAUAUGUGCCCAUUCUUCCUGGUAAGCUGCUGGAGGUUCUCAGUACUCCCACCCCCUUCAUCAUCGGCGUCAACUCAUUCUUUCGCUCCGAGACGCAAGAGCUGUUAGAUGUCAUCAUCGCUGAUCUGGACGGUGGGACUGUGACCAUUCCGGAGUGUGUGCACAUCUCCCUGCUGCCCGAGCCACUGCUACAGCACACACAGACGGUCCUCUCCAUGGUCCUGGAUCCUGAGUUAGAGGUGGCAGACCAUGCCUUUCCCCCUUCCUCAAUACAGCCCUCCACGCAGAAGAUCCAGGAUAAGGAGAUUCGGGCCAUAUUUCUGUGGCUCUUUGCACAGCUGUUCCAGGGUUACCGCUGGUGUCUCCACAUCAUCCGUAUUCAUCCUGAGCCAGUCAUUCGCUUUCACAAGGCUGCAUUCCUGGGCCAGCGAGCUCAGACGGAGGAUGACUUCCUGACGAAGGUCCUGGACGGGAUGGCCUUCGCUCGCUUCGUGUCCGAGCGGGGUCCGCCGUACCGCCCCACCGACCUGUUCGACGAACUGGUAGCCAAUCAGGUGAAGCGGAUUCGUCAGGAAGAGACCAUGCCACGCAAAGUGCUCAGUCACGCCAAGGAGCUCGCUGAACAGCUGUUUAAAAAUGAGAACCCGUACCCCGCUGUGGCCAUGCAUAAGGUGCAGCGUCCGGCCGAUGUGACGCAGUCGCGGCCCUUCACCGGCCCCUCCUGCUGCUUCCCCCAUCUGGACGAGGUGACGGUGCAGCUGUUCAUCGACCACGCCAACGCCAAGCUCAAGAGCGCCCCGCCCGUCGUCCGGCCCGAGCUCAAGGCCAUGGUGCCCUCCGGGCCACCACUGGUGGACUUUGUGGACCGCAACGGUAACGUGCUGGCUAACAGUGCACGGCGGUUAGAGGUUGUGCGGAACUGCAUCAACUACAUCUUUGACAACAAGAUGCUGGAAGCUAAGAAGCUGAUGCCAGCGGUGUUGCGUGCGCUGAAGGGCCGUGCGGCGCGUGUGUGUCUCACGCAGGAGCUCAACCAGCACGUCCUGCAGAACCGAGCCGUGCUGGACGACCAGCAGUUCGACUACGUCGUCCGCAUGAUGAACUGCACUCUACAGGACUGCUCCCAUAUGGAUGAGCAUGGUAUUGCAGCUGCCCUUCUGCCCCUCGUCACUGCCUUCUGUCGAAAACUGGGUGGAGGCAUUACUCAGUUUGCCUACAGCUGUGUGCAGGAGCACAUGGUGUGGACCAACAUGCAGUUCUGGGAGGCCAUGUUCUACAGCGACGUGCAGAAGCACAUCAGGGCUCUCUACCUGGAGACGGACGCGGACUCACCCAACACGGACCAGGAGGCCGUGCCGUCGUCGGGGUCGGGCUCGGUGCUGGGCUCGCCGGCGGAGCAGAGCGCCCUGGAGCUGGCGUCGGAGCAGAGCCGGCUGUGGCCCACGCUCACCAAGGAGCUGCAGCAGGAGCGCGUGCAGAAGGAGGAGAGCACGGUGUUCAGCCAGGCCAUCCACUACGCCAACCGCAUGAGCUACCUGCUGCUGCCGCUCGACACCAGCAAGAACCGCCUGCUCCGCAACACCGGCCUCGGGGACGGGGAGAGCGUCAGCAACAGCUACCUCACCAACAGCAUCGCGGGCAGCAUGGCUGAGAGCUAUGACACGGAGAGUGGCUUUGAGGACGCCGAGACGUCGGACGUGGCCAACUCGGUGGUGCGCUUCAUCAACCGCUUCGUGGACAAAGUGUGUAACGAGAGCGGGGUCACCAACGACCACCUGAAGGCACUGCACACCAUGAUUCCAGACAUCGUCCAGAUGCACAUCGAGACGCUGGACGCCGUGCACCGGGAGAGUAAGCGGCUGCCGCCCAUCCAAAAGCCCAAGCUGCUGAGGCCCACCCUGCUGCCCGGUGAGGAGCUGGUGAUGGACGGCAUGCGGGUCCACCUGAUGUCCGACGGCCGCGAGGAGGCCACGGGGCUGAUGGGAGGUCCGCCGCUGCUGCCUGCCGAGGGCGCCAUCUUCCUCACCACCUACCGCCUCGUCUUCAAGGGCACGCCCAACGACCCGCUGGUGGGGGAGCAGGUGGUGACGCGCUCGUUCCCGGUGGCUUCUCUGACGAAAGAGAAGCGCAUCUCCGUCAGCCUCCCCAUGGACCAGUUCCUCCAGGAGGGCCUGCAGCUCCGCUCCAGCACCUUCCAGCUGAUGAAGGUGGCGUUUGACGAGGAGGUGGCGUCGGACCUGGCUGAGGUGUUCCGGAAGCAUCUGCAUAAGCUGCGCUACCCGCAGCACGUGCAGGGCACCUUCGCCUUCACCGUGGGCCACUCGGCCAAGAUGGUGGUGGAGCACAAGACCAAGGACAAGAACCAGUCCCUCAAAACCCUGUCUAAAAACCUGGUGAAGAGUGCAAAGCGUACGAUUGGCCGGCAGUACGUGACGCGGAAGAAGUACACUCCGCCCACCUGGGAGAACCGCAGCAGCCUGCCGUCAGAGAUGGACGAGGACGAGAUCUCUGUGUGUGAAGAGCCAGACCAGAGCUCCCUGACGCUCUCCUCCACCAUCCGCUCGUCCGACCGCCAGACCAUGAGCAACGUGGUGGAGCGCGCCUGUUGCCGUGACUACCAGCGGCUGGGCCUGGGCACGCUCAGUAACAGCCUGACGCGCUCCAAGAACGAGCCCUUCCGCAUCUCCACCGUCAACCGCAUGUACACCGUCUGCAGGAGUUACCCGGGGCUGCUGAUCGUGCCGCAGAGUGUUCCGGACUCCACCAUCCAGCGGAUCUCGCGCUGCUACCGGCAGAACCGGUUCCCCGUGGUGUGCUGGCGGAACUCGCGCACCAAAGCCGUUCUGCUGCGAUCGGCGGGCCUGCACGCCAAAGGGGUGGUGGGCUUCUUCAAGUCCCCCAACGCCCCCUCUGCAGGGCCCUCUCAGGCCGACUCGACGAGUCUGGAGCAGGAGAAGUACCUGCAGGCCAUCGUCAGCUCCAUGCCCUCCUAUAGCGAGGCCGGCGGCCGGAACACACUGAGUGGGUUCACUUCCACGCACAUGAGCUCGUCAGACUCAAGUGAUAAGUUGCGGCAACCCAAGAUUGGUGCUCUGAUGAAACAGGUGAUGGGAGGCAAAGAGGACAUGCCCGGAACCUUUAGCAGAGGAGCUCUGGGUCAGAAGGCUAGGGUGGUGUCUCUCACCCCGUCCCGAGUCUCCUCCCACCGCACGCCCCGAGGUAAGUGGGGCAGUAUCCGUGGCAGUGGGCGUCUGAGUGCCUACAACCCUGAUGUGGGAAACCGGCUGGCGGCGAAAGACUCUCCUCAGCCCAAUGGAGGCCCUGCAGACACCUUCUUCAGACAGCAGAGGGCCUACCUCUACAUCAUCGGAGACAAGGCCCAGCUCAAGGGCGGGAAGCAGGACUCGUUCCAGCAGUGGGAGCUGGUGCCCAUCGAGGUGUGUGACGUGCGGCAGGUGAAGAACAGCUUCAAGAAGCUGAUGAAGGCCUGCGUCCCCUCCACGCCCACCGCCGACCCCAACAUGUCCUUCCACCGCUGCCUGGAGGAGUCCGAGUGGAUGAACCUGUUACACAGAGUGCUGCAGGUGUCAGUGUUGGUGGUGGAGCUGCUGGAUUCGGGCUCCUCUGUGAUGGUCAGCCUAGAGGACGGAUGGGACGUCACCACUCAGGUGGUGUCUCUGGUGCAGUUGCUCUCUGACCCCUACUACCGGACGUUCGACGGCUUCCGGCUCCUGGUGGAGAAGGAGUGGCUUUCGUUUGGCCAUCGCUUCAGUCACCGCGGCGGCCAGACCCUCGCCAGCCAGAGCAGCGGCUUCACACCCGUCUUCCUGCAGUUCCUCGACUGCGUGCACCAGAUCCACCUUCAGUUCCCCAUGGAGUUUGAGUUCAGUCAGUACUACCUGAAGUUCCUGGCCUACCACUACGUGUCCAACCGCUUCCGGACUUUUCUACUCGAUUCUGACUAUGAGCGCAUUGAGCUGGGGGUGUUAUAUGAGGAGAAAGGUGAGCGCAAGAACCCCCAGGUGUGUAAGUCGGCUUGGGACUACAUUGACCGGCUCAACAAGAAGACGCCCGUCUUCUUCAACUACAUGUUUGCUCCGGAGGACGAGGAGGUGCUGAAGCCCUACAGCUUCAUCUCCAACCUGAAGGUGUGGGACUUCUACACGGAGGAGACGCUGGCCGAGGGCCCGUCGUACGACUGGGAGCUGGCGCGCGGGCGGCAGGAGCGCGUUGCCGAGGAGACGGCCUCCGUGGCGGGCGUGGAGCGGCCAGACACCGCCGCACCCAAGUCCCAGCGCCGCAUCGUCUGGCCCUGCUACGACAACACCAGCCGCGUGCUGCCCGACGCCAUCACCAAGCUGCUGCAGGAGGUGCAGGCGCUGGAGCUGGAGUUGGGGCAGGUGUCGGAGAAAUGGAAGGAGUCCUGGGACAAGAUCAAGACCACCCAGAGAACUGAGACCAGACUGGAGAGCAGGCACUCCUUCUCCAGCUCGCUGCUCAUGUCGUCCAACCUGAGCCACCAGCGGCGCUCGCAGGGCGUGUACCUGCAGGAGAGCAGCGUGGGCUCCUCCAUCAACCUGGCGCUGGACUGCGAGGCCUCGGCCGGCUCCACGCCCGCCGCCGGGCGCACCUCCACCAGCACCCUCUACUCGCAGUUCCAGAGCACGGAGAGCGAGAACAGGAGUUAUGAAGGUAUCCUAUACAAGAAAGGGGCUUUGCUGAAGCCGUGGAAGCCUCGCUGGUUUGUCCUGGACAAGACCAAACACCAGUUGCGUUACUAUGAGUCCCGUAAGGAUAAGGAGUGUAAGGGCAUGAUUGAGCUGGCGGAGGUGGAGGCUGUCAUUCCAGGCAUGCCCACCAUGGGGGCGCCAAAGCACAUAGAGGAGAAAGCCUUCUUCGACCUAAAAACGACCAAACGUGUGUAUAACUUCUGUGCGGAGGACAGCGGGAAUGCGCAGUUGUGGAUGGACAGUGUUCAGAGCUGCCUCUCCGACGCGUAGGACGGGGACGAGUCCCAGCUUCAAAUGAACGACCAAUCAGACCUUUCAGCCACAUCACAUGACCCUGCCUCCGGGGGAUGGCGUCUUGAUGGACAGCAUCGUGGGGCCAAUCACGCUUGUUCCCCCCCCUCCCUCCUCCGGUGGAUGGGUGGAGACUGAUGUGGCGAUGGGCGGGCCUUUAGCGUGUGGCGCUCUCUGUUUGGUGUUUUCCCUGUCGAACUUUGAUGAUGUCACAUCACCAAGUCUCAGUGUUGUUUUUUUUUUAAUGAAAGAAAGAAAAAAAGACUCAAAAAAAAAAAAAAAGUAAAGCCCCUUGAAGUCUUGGUUGGCCUUAAUCGACCCUCCUGUCAAACACACACUCACACACACACAGACACGCACACACACACACACACACACACGGACAUAUGUGUGUGUAGGAGUAGUGUGUGCUUGUGUGUAUAUAUGCAGCAGACUCACUAACCACUAGCCCUACUGCCCCCUACCUUUUGCGGAGGAUUUUACGGCAUGAUGUCAUCCGAAGUCCAGUUUACUGAAGCAGCAGGGGCAGCAGUGUGGACCAGCAUGCGCCACCACUGACCACUCUCUCCACACACUCCCCCACCAGAGAAAGAGACUCGCUCUGUUACCACACGGUGAUGCCCCUAUUACACCAUGACCGCCCUCGUUUUUCUCCCCCCCCCCCCCGUCCUGAUCUCACAGCGCUGCACUGCCAGCAGGGCAACGGUUACACACACACACAAACACACACACACAACACACACACACACACACACACACACACACACACACACACACACACACACACACACACACACACACACACACACACACACACACACACACACACACACACACACACACACACACACACACACACACACACACACACACACACAUACAUACAUACAUACAGACACACACAUACACACACUGCCGAUUCCUUCCCUUUAAUCUGUGAUGAUGACGUUGAUGCUACAUUGUCUCCUUAUGCUCUGGCUUUGCACAAGACCAGCGGUUCAUGAAGGACUUUUACUCUGAAAUCAGUUCCACACCUCACCCCCAUCUCUCUCUUGUGAGAAAGGAGGGUUGAAGCUCGUCAGUGCCCCCUGUUGGGCAAAGUGUGUAUUGUAUUUUUUCCCCACCUCGUCGAGGACCAUCUCUUGGCUUUCCCUCUCACUCUUGUGCCAGUUGGAGAUUACCUGCGCUCAGAUGUUAGCUCGUUUACACCGAAGUCACUCCAGUUUCUCCUCAGCAAGUAGAUAUAUACGCAGAGAGAAAAAAAAACACUUUAUUUCACAACUGAAGGGAUGAUGACGCAAGGAAAAAAGGAGGGAUAUAUUUUGAUAGUAAAUUUAUGCAUAGAAUGAAAUAAUACAUUGAAUAUGGAUGGGGGGGGGGGCGAUUUUAAGAAAAGAUGUAAGGGGAGUGUUAGUUUGUGUUCACAUCCCAUAGUGAUGCAAGGCGGUAUAAUUGGUUGUCAUGACGAGAGAGUCUGUAGAGGGGUUAGAGGUCGAAAGGUCAUGAACUGACUGUCCAGUAGUCUAGUUGUUUUAAAGGCUGUUUUAUGGAACCCAGCCGUCUCGAUAGCAAUGCGUUCAUAUCUGGUUAGACAUUUCUGAAGGGCCGUGUGUAGGAGGACGGGGGGCAGCGGAGGGGUCAACAGUAGCCACUGUUGGGUAGCAGAGGCUGGCGCCUGGUUACUGUAGUCAUGGAAAUGAACACAGUAGACUUGAGUGGGGGCAUGAAGACACACACACACACACACACACACAUAUACACUUACACACCAUAAAGUCACUCUUUGUAGAAUAUGGGUGUGUGUGUUUGCGUUCAUUUUCUCAGUGAUUGGUCACCACUAGCUGAGUUCUGCCGUUUGUGUGUGUGUGUGUGUGUGAGUGUGUAUAUGUGCACGUGUGGGUGUGUGUGUGUGAGGACUUAAGCUCCUGUAAUCAGCAUGUCUUCCAGAAACUGUGUGUUGGCCUGCAGAAGAGGAGUGUGUGUGUACAGUACGUACGUGUAUGUGUGUGUGUGUGUGUGUGUGAGCGCGUGCCCCCCUAAAGUGUUUUCCCCUCAGCCAGGAGAUGUAGCCAUUAGCGAUUUUUAGCCAAGCCAUUCGUUUUGUUUUGUUCUCACCGCUGGGCUCUCAAUUUGCCGAAGAAGUAUCACAUUUAUUGUACCUAUCAACUUUCCUCCACUCCAUUUAAGCAGCGCAACCACAAGAACCCAGCUAUUCCCGCUCAUCUGUAUACACAUACACACACACACACACACACACACACACGUGCAUACACACACACAUGCAAUUGACAUUACAGUGUAAAAUAUGGUUGUACUGCUGUUUCGUUGAAUUGUUUUUUUUUUUUUUUUUUUCGAAUUGUAGAUUUUUGUUCUAAUAACGGCUUUGUAUAUACUACUCAGAGUUGUAUGUAACAUUUAUGGUAGUAAUUUAUUUAACUUUUUUUGUCUUCUUAAGAAACAAAAGUUCUUUUCAAGCACCUCUCUUUUUGAGUUAGAUAAAUCAAAUAUGUGCCAUUUGUUUAUCUCUGUAUUAACGUAACUAAUGCUUUUGUUUUUUGAGAACUUUAAAUACUGCUAAUAGGGUUUUUAAGAAGAAACCCUCAUUGUGUUGUUUAAAAAGAAGUUGGUUUAAAAUGGUUGUCCUAAUUCCCCCCUGUGUGUGCCCAUGAUGGGAGGAGCCUGAGAAAGAAGCAGUGCAUCAGACAGCAUUUUGUUGCCAUGGUGAAUUGUGUUUUGUUUUGUUCUUGUUUGGUUAACCAAGUUACGGUUUGGUUGGGAGUUUGGGGGGGUUUAUCACUCUCGCACUCUAAACACAGACAACACACUCUUCACAGGCCUACCCUGACUUCCUCACAGUUUUUUUGAUGCACAAUCUCCACAUCUUUCAUACAGAGCAAAAAUGAAUUAGAGCAUUUUUUUAUUUAUUUUCUUUUCGUACUUUUCUUAUUUCGGUUCUCCUUCCCUUUUUCUGUUUUUUAAAAAAGAAAAGAAAUAGAAAUAUUCUGCUGAGCCGGGUUCUUUUUUUUGUCAAUCAUGUAAAAUAUUUUUUUAGGAUUAAAAAUGAAAACAGUGAGUUUCAUUGUCACUGGGCCUUGCUUUUGUUUCUUUUCUUUUUUUUUUAAUUUGUAAUUUGAUGUGUCUGCUCUGCUUCCCAGACGUCUUGUGUGUCUCUCAUACUAGUUGUUUCCUGUUUGUUUUGUAAAGUGUUCUUUCUUUCUUCUUUUUUUUUUUUUUUUUGAAUCCAAAUGGAAGACCCAUCAGGUCAGCUUCCUCCUCCUCCUUCUCCUCCUCCUCCUCCCUGUUUGUCACGAGGGAAUGUCCAUCUGUGCUGUACAGUACGCAGUCCUUUAAUAAACGCUGAUGGUAGGCCAUUAAACAGCUGCCCAUAAGUCCCCAUCUAAUGAUUUUA